UAUUACUUAUUUGUAGUAAUUAUUGUGUCGAAGCAUAUAAAAAUUAACGCUUGUUUUAUUACUAAGAAAUCUAUUAAGUUAAUUAUUCUUUUUUUUAAUAAUGUUUACCCAAGGAUUGUGCAUCGUGUGUGUUUUGUUUUUAUUUGGGGUCAAUUCGAUGUCUUUAAAAGGUCCUCGUAUUACCAGAUAUGAUCCUUGUGGCCUUGGUAUGAUACAUUUUGAUAAAUUAAAAGAUAAAGUUUGGCAAGGUGUUUUAAAUUUAGGAAUAUUGAAUACUAAUGGAUUAAAUGGAAUUGAAAUACAAAUUGAUUUCGAAAAACGAAUAGCGCUAUUUGAGGCUACCCAAAAUACUACAUUGAGUGUGAAAAAUAACGAUCGAGAUUAUAAUAUAAAAAUUCCGUCCAAUGUGCCAAAAGUUUAUGUAUUUUACAUAGCCGUAAUAGAGACAGGUGUAGAUGUUCCUAUUGUAAAAAGAUUUAGUAUAAACAAUCGUACCUUAUGUGACGAUACAAUCAAGGAUUCACAAAACGUAAAUAAAUUCAACGUAACAAAAUUGAAUGAUACGAAAUAUCGGCAUGUAUGCGGUAGACGAAGUUUAGACCACACGGAACUGACAUCGGUUAGGACCAUCGCUAGGGCUGGCGACUGGCCCUGGCACGCUGCGAUCGUGGUCAAAGAACGUAUUACCAACAUCGACAGAUAUCAGUGUGGUGGUAACAUUAUAUCUACUACUGCUGUUUUAACAGCUGGACAUUGCGUAAGCAAAAAUGGUAUCAACGUAGAUGCAUGGAGAAUAACAAUAUUAGUUGGAAUAAGUAACUUAACUGAUUUAAAGCAAUCGGGUCGUCAAGUGCAUAACGCUGUACAAGUAAUACUUCAUCCGGCGUUCAGUGACGUGCAAGCCACCGCAGACUUGGCCAUCAUAAAAGUUACAAGUUUCCGAUUCACGGAAUAUGUGCAACCUGUUUGCAUCUGGGGACCAGUCUAUGAUAAAUCGUCGCUGUUCGGAAAGGAAGCUAUUGUUGUCGGAUUCGGCACAACGGAGGAUAACAAGCUUUCCGAUACCCUCAGAUCCGCUUACACCAUUGUGCAGAAUGACUUCACAUGCAUUGCGUACUCUCCUAAAUUGUACACCAGUCUUCUUAAUGAGUUUACAUUCUGCGCAGGAUACGGACCUUCUUCUAACGUGAAUCCUCGUAACGGAGAUAGCGGCGGUGGUCUAGUGGUAGCUACGGUGCAAUCAGACUUCUCGGUCAGUUGGUUCCUGCGGGGGAUUGUCUCCAAAUGUGGUGUAUCACCAGGACAUACUCAGUGCGAUCCUAAAUUUUAUCUAGUAUACACAGAUGUUGCACCUCACUAUGGGUGGAUAUAUCAUAACGCGGGCUUACAAUAUAGUAGCAAUGUAUUAUAAUAGAUCAUAGCUAUUCUUAACUAGGUUAGCGUAGUAUGGACAUGUUAUGCGACGAGACGAUGGGGACAUAAACCAGAAAGUGUUAAUAUUGAAUAUGGAUGGCUACAAA